GUAUUUUUCUUAUCGAACCGAGUACCAGGGGUCAACAUCUUACGGGGCGCCGAAGACGAGUGUGCACGUGCAGUGCGUCAUGUGCAUCUCCUAUCGGUUAAAUAAAGGCCGUGUCGGCGGCUCCCCCCGGUCAGAGCUCCAAGAUGUUCAGCGGAGAGACCGCCGCUGGGGCGGAGGCUACCGGCCGACAGCAGACGACAUCAAGACAGUUCCUGUGCGUGGACGACACCGGGCCGGAGAGAAAGCUGCAGCUGAAGGAGGAAGUCCUGCAGGCCUUCCUAGAAAGUGAUGACGUUUCUGACAAGCCUGUGGCGGUGAUUUCGGUGGCCGGAGCAUUCCGAACUGGCAAGUCGUUCCUGUUGAGCGCGAUGUCCCGUUAUUUGGCAGCUGAAGACAAAAAGCAAUGGCGUGAUGUCAAAAAAGGGAGCUUCACAUGGAGCAAUGGAGCGGACUCUCAUACCAACGGCAUGUUCAUCUCGCCUCCGAACACAAUCACUUUGGAUUCCGGAGAAGAGGCUGUCCUUUUUCUUUUGGACACGCAGGGGCUGUUCGACGACGAUUCGAACAUGGCUGAUGCCACCAACAUCUUCGCACUGAGCACACUUCUCAGCUCCAAGGCAGUGUUCAACCUUCCAAAUAACUUAAAAAGCGAUGACCUAGACCACCUUCAGCUUUUCGCCGAGAUCGGCCGCAUGGCCAGAGAUCGAUCUGACAGAACAGCCUUCCAGAACCUGCUCUUCCUGAUUCGCGAUUGGGAUCACCCAGCUACUCAUCCGUUCGGGAAACAGGGAGGCGAUGCUCUGGUCAAAAGACGACUGAGAAGUGACAAGGUGGACCUCGACCAAAGACGACAGCACAUUGAAGGAUGUUUCGCAAACAUCGAAGGGUUUCUAAUGCCCCAUCCGGGAAAGGCAGUGGCCCGUAGCUCGGCCUUUUCUGACGACGAUAUUGACGAGGAGUUUGCGACUCAUCUGGACGAGCUGCUGACCUUGCUGCUCUCUCCAGACAAGAUCCCGUUGAAGAUGAACGGCAACCGCCCAGUGACGUGCGGAGAGCUGUCUACACUGAUCAGGAUGUACGCGGACCUCUUCCAAAGCGGCAAGCUUCCGGAACCAAAGGGAAUCCUGGAGACAGUCGCUGAGGCCUAUAACACAGCAGCUGUCGAUGCUGAGCUCAACAACUAUGUGAGAAAUAUGAACGAACUACUGGCGGAAGAUGCUCCGCUGCUGACCGAAGAAGUCCUCAGGAAGAAGCACAGCGAGGAAAAGUCUGCAGCAGUUGAAUGUCUCAAAAACAGGGACACCAUCCCAGAUCCGACAAAAGACGGAGGCUUCUACUGUUCUCGGCUUGAGGAAAAGAUAGAAGAAUGGUUGAAAACGUCAGAAAAAAUGUUCACAGAAAGAUGUGCAAACGAUAAGGAAAAGGCAAUAAAAAUGAAUGAAAACCUGGUGAAUGAGUGUAUCGAGACAUUCGACGCAUCGAUGCGUGACUUGGAGAGUGACGAGCCUGUUGGGGAAGAGAAGAUCAGAGAAGCCUACCACGAAGCAGGAAAGGCUGCUGUAGAUCGCUUCACACAAGGCAUGGUUACGUUGGGAUCAUACGUACCAACAGAUUGUAAACACAAGUUGGAAGUGACUUUGAAGGAAAGGCUCGACCAAAUGCUGGCAACAGACGAGAACUUGUCGAACAUGAAGGUAGUGGAAAAUCAUUUUCAAAGUUACACGGCGCGUAUGAAAGAUCUUGUUGAGGGUCCAGAUUAUCUGGACAAUGAUCUAGUGUUGGGGAGUCACAACAAGGCGAAAGCAGAGACACUGCGGACAUUGAACCCGCUGAUCAGCAUGCUUCACGUCACUGAAUGUGGCAGUCGGUACUCUGACCUGCUGCAGAGCAGGAUGGACGCAUGGCUUCAAACUUCGCAGGACCUCUUUGACGAAAAGUGUGCACAGGACAGAGCGAAAGCGGACGAAGCGAAUCGUGCACUUGUGGGCCAAUGCUUGCAGUUAUUUCAACGUGAAAUGGCAUCUCUGGAAAAUUCCCAGACCACGACCAAACUGGAAGUAGAAGAAGCCAUAGGAGAGGCAAGCCAGACGGCCAUGCAGCGUUUUGAACAUGAAAAGGUUACAUUUGGAUUGCACAAUGCUGAAGACAGUCGUCAGCAGUUGCAGAAAAACAUUAAGGAAAAUAUUCAUCAUAUUCUCAGCCGAGUAGAGGCAAAGUCAAACAAAAAGGUUGUCGAGCAUCAGUUCCAGCAAUACCAGCAGAAGAUGGAGGCCUUCCUAGGUGAUUGUUCGCUGGUUGACGAAGACCUUAUCAAAGAAGAGCACUCAAAGGCUAAGGCUGUGCUGCUGGAAGGAAUGAAGAAACUACUGAGUGUGGAACACUUAAACAAUUCUGAAAAUGACUACUGGGUUAUGCUUCAUAAGCAAAUGGACGAAUGGUUUGAACAAUCGCAGGAAAAGUUCCGCAAAAAGUGUGUGAAAAACAAAAAAGAAGCAGAGAAAACAAACGAAGCCCUUGCUGACGCAUGUUUCAGUUCAUUUUCAUCAUCUAUGAAGGAAAAGAUAGAACAGCUGGGUAAAUCCGGCAACCCACAUCAGGUGUGCGCUACGAAGCAGGAAGAAGUGCUGAGGAGGUUCGACCGGGAAAAAACGACGAUGGGGUCCUACAGAGCUGAUGAGACUCGGGCGUUUCUCGAAAAACGUAUUAGCGAAGAGACAUCACUUCUGAUUGGUAAUUUCAUAGAGAAAGAAAAGAACAAGAAAAAGCGUGGUCCCAUUGGACAACUUCUCAAAGAGGUCUCCAAAUAUUUGUAAAGUUCACAUGCGGAAGCUCUGGGUGACGUAAAUAGCGAAGUAGCAGCCUUAGAAAACACCGAGCGUACGACCCACGUACGACCCAGCUGCCGACGGAGCGUCAAGACCAGUCGAGGCUCGCGCAGCUGCGCCCCAGUACGACCGCGUGAAAACCCGUCUGGAGAGGCAGUACGAGGACAAUUUUUCUGCGCUGUAAUUCAUUAUCUAAUCCAAAAUCUUAGUUAUGCCUACCAAUAGGUACUCUGCCGUGUUGUAUAUGUUACGGGCAAUAUGCUAACUUGGGCAAUAUGCAAACUGCCCGGGCAGUAUGCAAACUACCCACCAGCCUGGGCAGUAUAUGUACCGCCCGGAUAAUAUCCAUGCUACCCUACGCGCUGGGCAGUAUGUAAUGCAUAUGUAAUAUUGCGGCGUGUCUCUUGAAUAAAGUUCAAGUUCUGACUCAAACAUGAAUGGGUAGUAGGCGCUGCUGGGUGAUGCUUCUUACCCCGCUUUUUUCUUGUCGGUGAUUUUCACAUGUCUCCUUUUAACCUUCGCCCCAGUGGGGGGGGGGGAGGCGAAGGUUGAAUGUUACAUAUAUGUUACGCAACAUGUUACCACCCUGUCGCGUUUUUUGCGUGUGAAUAAAAAACCGCGGAGCUACGCGCCGCGCCGCUUGGA